AUGGCGCCCAAAACCGAUCGACCAGCGAAGCGAAGAAAGCUUCUCCCUCGGGGUGUCGCUGAUUCUCGCGAUUUACUUGAUGUAAGCAGCGAAAUACUCAUGGUCAAGGUCGGGAGUGGCGACGAUCCAGUCCAACCGAGUGCAGCAUGCGAAAAUUGCGGCAAGAAGGAAGGCGAGCAGCAACGUGCGAAAGAUCUUGCUGAUAAUAUGAACCAAGAAGAUGGACAAGGUGCAGGAGAACUCGAGAAGCAAAACGUAGUUCUUGUCCAGGGUGACGACAAGGGUGCUGGCACAGACUCCGACAAGGACGGCGCAAUUGACAAAGAGAGCGACGAGAACAGCAACGAAAGUGACGACAGCGAUGACGACAGCGAUAUCGACUCAGGAAUCUCCGACCAACGCAUCUUCCAUGUCCACAAAAGCGUUCUCUGCAAGACAUCCGCCUUCUUCCAAAAUGCAACGAAGCCAGAAUGGACUGGUCCAACACCGCGACCUACAGAUCUUUCUGACGAGCUUCCAGAAAUCUUCCAUUUGUAUGUGCAAUGGUUGUACAGUGGGAAGAUCGCCGUCGAGAUCACGCCCUCCAGUGACUCGGAUACGGACGUUCGCAAACACGAGAACGUGGAUUAUCAUUCACUGAUUCAGUCGUACAUACUUGGAGAGAAGCUCAUGGAUACCACAUUUCAGAACGCAGUACUGCAAUGUUUGAUCGAGUGCGUGGAGCAAGCAGACUGUUUUCCCGGUGACCGGACUAUCAGGACGGCCUAUAAGCGCACGAUAAAGCACUCGCCUCUUCGUAAAUUGCUGGUCGACUUCUGGGUGUGGCACGGCGAUUCUGAGGGGGCGGCUGAUGACAUGAAUGCGAGCCUGGGGACCGACUUCACGAACGACUUACUUAAGGCCAUGCUUGAAGCGCGUCCUAGUCCGGACACGAAUAAAGCGAAGGUCCAGCCUCCUUGGCUGACACAUCCGGAGAUCUACAGCAUAAAGGAUAACAAGAAGACCGCCAAAGACACCAGCAACAGCUGA